AUGGAUGAUCUCGAACUCCCCGGCUCAAGCAAUGUGCUGGCCUCGGCCUCCCAAAGUGUUAGGAUUACGGCCGUGAGCUAUCACGCCCAGCCUAAGCCCUUAUUCUUGCUGCAGUGUGGCCCGUGUGGCCUCGGCUCCCCUCCUACUCCGAGGCCAGGGAAUGGCUCCACUGGGCAAUGUGUCUUGGUUUCCCUGCACACACUCGUGACCCCCAGUCUAGGAGGAAAAAGCAGGAAGGUCCCACUGAGUACAGACGGGGGAUUCUGCUUAAAUGCAGAUGUCCCCUGGGAGGGGUCAGGGCACAGCGCAGGGAAGAAGCCCGCCCUGCCAAGGGCUGUGUCUGGAACUCGUUCAUCGGUCUCCACUCCCCAGCGUGAAAUCGCUUCUUCUGUCACUCAGUCGUCAGGGGGCGGGAUCUGUCGCACUAUCCUAUCAGGGCCGCGGGGCGGGUUCGCGGGAACUGUCAAUCAGGCGCCCUGCAAGGAGGAGGGUACGAGGUUGACCAAGCUGGUGGCGUCUUCACGCCACUUCGCUGGGCUCCUGUCUCUGUCGCCGAGAGGCACUCUGGAGAGUCUGUGGCAGCCUCUGUCACACAAGGACCUGCAGUGGUUGUGGGAGCCGCAGAGAGGACCCCGGGACACGGAGGAAUUCGGAAAAUGGAAACUUACAAUCAUAGCAGAAGGGGAAGGAAGGCGAGGCAGUCUUACAUGGCGGCAGGAGGGAGACAGAGAAGUCGGGAGCCCAGACACUUAUCCAGCAACCAGAUCUCGUGAGAGCUCUCUUAUCAGGAGAACAGCAUGGGGAAACCACCCCGAUGAUCCAAUCACCGUCCAGCAGGUCUCUCCCUCAACAUAUGGGGAUUACAAUUCCUGCAAGCAGGCUCUAUGGCUCAAUAGCCUAAAUUGAAAGGAUUACAAUUCCAGAUGCGAUUUGGGUGGGGACACAGUCAAACCGUUUCAGCUGGACGUGCCCCAUUAUACUGGCCUCCCUUUUGGAAUCCAGGAAAAGCCUAUCAGUAUUAACAUCAACACAGAACUUAAGUCUGAUAAGAGGCAUUUACAAGCUAUUCUCUCUGAAGUCUACCACCUGGAGGCUUCAUCUGCAUGAUGAAACUUUGGUCUCUACAACCACUUAUGGGAAAAUCUACCUGUGACCUGGGAACCAGCCCCUCCCCCUCACUUUGUGUUGUCCCUCAUUUCCACACGGACCCAAUGUACCUCUUACAUGUAUUGACUGAUGUAUUAUGUCUCCCCAAAAUGUAUUAAUAUAAAAGCAAGCUGUACCCCAACCACCUUGGA